AUGGAGAAAAUUGUGGGCGAGUCCUGGAGGGAGGAUUGGGCGCGAGUCGGAGGAGGAGGACGACGAGGAGGGCGGCCAAACGAUCAGACAGGAUCGGAUCUGACAGCACCACAACAUUCAUUGCUGCCAUCUCUGGCGCCGAUUCGUAGCCAGCCAGGUCAUUCAAUAGCAGCACUCAUUGCAUGGGGGGGGGGGGUCCCAUCCCCGAAGGGCUCGGGGGCUUACGUAGACGUGGAAAAAGCACGCGAUCGGGUUUCGAGUUGCGCCUGGCCCGGCGCCGCCGUGUUUGCUCCGUGCCGGAGACCGAGCCCGGGGGGACGCCACAACCCACCUUCUUCCCGGCGACUACCCAACUGGUCACCACCACGAGCACGGUAUGAACGAACGUGCAAGGCAUCGCUCAACACCCGCCGUGUUUUUUUUUCUGGCCGCAAGGGUUGGGCGGUUCGGACCGGGGGGGCCCACCUGCACCCGGGCUUCCGGGGAGGAGGCGAAGCCGCCGCAGAACGAGACGCGAUACGAAAAGUUCAAGAUAUUGUCACGCCAAAACGAAAGCUCCCUGCUGCAUGCCCAGAGUCUCGAGAACGUGAUACUUGCCAGGAGAGCAAUCUCAUACGCUGCGAUGUCUGCCAUGCUUUGCGCUGCUCGUCAACGUCGCCUCGCUACAAGUCGCGCGCUUAUACUGAAGCAACGAAUUAUGUACACGACGGGGGGAAAAGCCCGCAAUCGGCGACCGACCCGCGCGUCUCGGGCGGACAACAAAACGAGAUCUCAAACCCGCUUUGCUCCUCCCUCUCGUCAUCGGGGGCGGAGUUGGGCAGACCUGGCGAAAAUAAAAAGCGGAUCGGGAUCCCUGCCGGACGACGACCCGCAAUACGUAGCAGGAAAUACGAAAAGAUGCGGAAACAAAAAAACAUGAACAUGCCAGAAGCCAAAAAGCUCACUCUACCCACGGCCCACUACCACCGGCGCACCGCUGGGCUGCCUGCCAUCGCGCCGGUGCGCAAAGGCUGUGCGUUUCAGGAGAACAGGACAGUGUGGAAGAUAACGACGGCGGAGACUCCCCAGCAAGCAAGGGGCCCAAUCGCCGUAAACACUGCUAGCCAACUUAUACCCUGUCAGCCAGCAUCCCAAGAUGCAAGUGCCAGGAACAGGGUCGCUGCCAUUGUCCCACAAUGGCCGUGA